AUGUAUUCAGCAUUUUAAUAUACAUCUUAAUAUAAUAAUUUUAAUCCAUACGAAUCUAAAAGAGAUAAAGAAAUUAAAUAAGAAGAAGCAUUCGAAAUAUAAUUUUCAGAAUCUGAAUAUUAAGAAGACAACAUAUAUACUGAUCAAAAGCCAAAUGUAUAAUUAUAUAAGAAUAAAGAUGUUUAAAAGCAAGUAAAUUUUUACCAAGAAGAAGACUUUGAAAAUUUUCCAACCUAAAAAUAAUAUAAUAUAGAAAUAAACUAAUCAAAUAAAAUAUUAACAAGCAAAGAUUAAGUUUAAUAAAAAGCCAUAUAAAUAAUAUAAUAUGAUAAAAGCAAUGAUUCAUUUUUAAUAAACAACGAAGCAUUAUAAAUAUUAAAAUUAUAUGAAGAGCCCAUAUGUUUUGUUGCUAUAGCAGGUAAAUAUAGAACAGGAAAGUCAUUUUUAAUGAAUAAAUUAUUAAAUUUGAAAAAAUAAGGAGUAUUUUUUUUUUUUUUUAUAAAAAUAAAAAUAAAAAAAAAGUUUAAAGUAGAUCCUUCUACAUAAAGUUGUACUUAAGGAAUUUGGAUGUGGUCACAUCCUGUUCUUCAUAAUAAUAAGUAAAUAUUUUUUAUAGAUACUGAAGGAAGUACUAGUAUAGAAGGAAAUAAGAAAUACGAUGUGAAGAUAUUCUGUUUAGCAUUAUUAAUGUCUAGUCUUUUUAUAUAUAAUAGUGUUGGGGCAAUAGAUGAAAAAUCAAUUUAAGAAUUAUAGUUAACUACUUAAAUAUCUAAAAAUAUAUAAUGCUCGAACAAAUUAUCUGAAAACGAAUAAAUUAUAAGUCAAUAUACACCAAAAUUUAUUUGGCUUUUGAGAGAUUUUGUAUUGGAAAUUGUGGAUAAUAAAAAUAAUUAGAUAAACCCAAAUACUUAUUUAAAUAAUUGCCUUUUUGAUGAAUCUUCUGUUUCGAAAUAAACUACAACUUCUAGAAAAAUAAGAGAAGCAUUGCUUAACUUUUUCAAAUAAAGAGAAUGUAUUACUAUGGUUAGACCAGUUAAUAAUGAGGAAGAUUUAUAAAACUUAAAUAAUUUGCCAGUUGAAAAAUUAAAACCUUAAUUUGUUUAAUAACUUAAUACUUUAAAAAAUAAAAUCUUCGAAAUGGCUUAACCAAAAGAAAUAGAUGGGGUUGUGUUAAAUUCGAAUAUGUUUGCGUCUUUACUCUAGAUUUAUGUGUAAUAAAUUAAUGAAAAAGGAGGAGUACCUAAUAUUUAAAAUGCUUGGGAUAAUAUUAUGGAAAGAGAAUGUUAAAAAAGCUAUGAAGAAUGUAUUUAGGCUUAUAACGAUUAAAAAAUUAAAUUAAAUAGAAAUUCUACAGGAGAUAUUAUUCUAUAAUUUGAAAAAUUAAAAAAUUAAAUAUUAAAUAAUUUCAAAUAAAGCUGUAAAGCUAAAAAUUCGAACUUUUAUUACUAAGAAUACUUUGAAAAAUUAUAAAUAUAUAUAGAAAAUUAAGAAAGAGAGCUUAAUUAAUAUAAUGAUUAACAUGCUGAUACGUAAAUAAAUAAAU